AUGGAGGGGCUGUACUCGCUGGGGGUGAGCGUGUACUCCGACCAGGGCGGCAGAAAAUACAUGGAGGACGUAACCCAGAUCGUGGUGGAGCCCGAGCCACCGGCUGAGGCGGAGCGCGGCCACCCGCACAAAGGCGGAGCGGCGGCCGGAGGAGGCCCGCGCCCGGCUGAUCCCCUCGUCGAGAGCGGCCGGCGAAGAGGAGGGAGCCCGAGGGCGCCAGAGGAGGGAGCGCUGCCGCCCGGCCCCGGCUCUGGCCGGCGCCCGCGUCGCUCCGUGGCCUUCUUCGCCGUGUGCGACGGGCACGGAGGGCGGGAGGCGGCCCAAUUCGCCCGGGAGAACCUGUGGGGCUUCAUCAAGAAGCAGAAGGGCUUCUGCUCGGCGGAGCCGGCCGCGGUCUGCGCGGCCCUGCGCAAGGGCUUCAUCGCUUGCCACCGGGCCAUGUGGAAGAAGCUGCCAGAGUGGCCGAAGACCAUGACAGGUCUGCCGAGCACGUCAGGAACUACUGCCAGUGUGGUCAUUAUCCGCGGGUCAAAGAUGUAUGUUGCUCACGUUGGCGAUUCAGGAGUGGUGCUGGGAGUCCAGGAUGACCCCAAAGAUGACUUUGUGAGAGCUGUGGAGGUGACACAGGACCACAAGCCAGAACUUCCAAAGGAAAGGGAGAGGAUUGAAGGUCUCGGGGGCAGUGUGAUCAACAAGUCUGGUGUGAAUCGCGUCGUCUGGAAGAGACCUCGCCUGACUCACAACGGCCCUGUACGCCGCAGCACUGUCAUUGACCAGAUUCCCUUCCUGGCAGUUGCCAGAGCACUUGGUGAUCUUUGGAGCUACGACUUUUACAGUGGUGAAUUUGUUGUGUCUCCUGAACCUGACACUAGUGUGCACACAAUUGAUCCCCAGAAGCACAAAUACAUUAUCCUUGGCAGUGAUGGAUUGUGGAACAUGAUCCCACCUCAAGACGCUAUCUCCAUGUGCCAGGAUCACGAGGAGAAAAAAUACUUCAUGGGAGAGCACCGCCAGUCUUGUGCCAAGAUGCUGGUGAACAGAGCCCUGGGGCGGUGGAGGCAGCGCAUGCUUCGUGCAGAUAACACCAGCGCCAUUGUCAUCUGCAUCUCCCCGCUGCAGGACAGCAAAAGCAACUUGGAAAAUGAAGAGGAAUUAUAUCUCAACUUGGCAGAGAGUCCCUGCUAUAGCAGCCCUGAUAUGAAUGUCAUGACACCCUCCCGCUGCUGUACUCCCCCUGUCAAGCUUUUAGAAGAUGACCCCUGGCCACGACUGAAUGCUUCCGAGCCUGUUCCUCCUCUCAUGCACAGCAACAUGAUCUCAGAAAAGUAUUUAGAGCUGCCAAAUGAGAUUGCCAAAGGCAGUUCACCUUCACCAGGAGCAACCCCGAAGGAUUCAGGCCCACAGGAGGAGAAAUGCAGCAAAGCCUUAGCUUUGAGGAUACAGGAAUCCUACAGCAAUGGUUUGUCAGUCAGUCUCUCCUCUUCCAACCCCACAAAUUCAGGCACGGACCAAAAAGGCUUCAAGGCAUCUUCUAACGGCCAAACAAAAGCCCAAGAUGCAGAGAGGACACCCACAGCAAACUUUAAAAGGACAUUGGAAGAAUCCAACUCUGGCCCAGCUCUGAAGAAGCCGAGACGUGGCCUGAGUCGAAACAUGAGUGUGCAGGCAGAAGGCCUGUCCCCAACGCCCCCACGCAAGAGCUCCAAGCAGCUGACCAUGCGCCGCAGCCUGCGGGGCCAGAAGAAGCUCAGCAGUUCGCUCUUCCAUCCGCCCCGCAAAGCCCUCUGCGUUUGCUGAGGGCUCUCUGCCUAAGGAGGUG